CUACUACUACUACUAUAUCCACCCAAUCAUCCGAUCUUCGAGAUGGACAAUGACUAACGGCUAUGGAAAGGAUUCGUGAUUUGGCUGAUCGAUAACAGCAUCGCUAACACCAACCCGGUUAGUUGCCGCCGAUGAUGCCAGGCAUUAGCAUUCUUAUGCCGAUGCUGGAACCAUCUUCCAGUCUUCAAUUCCCCCCCGCCCUUAUCAUCUUUCCUCUCUCUUACUGGCACUUUCCUCCUCCCCGCGGUCAUGAACAGCUGGUCGCUUGAGCUGCAGAGAUAGGCAAGCUUCCCUUUUGCCAGAAUCCCUCCUCCGCGCAGUCCCUCAUUCCCUCGCCAUUGCCGACCACCCUGCCAUCUAGAUAUACUACUAUACAGUAACUAGUUAGUUACAACGUUUGACGCCAUGGCCCACAGCGACGUUCCCCGCAUCACGGAUGCCACAAAAGUAUGGACAACCCUCAUCACAAAUACUGCAUACCUCUCCGGCCUCCUAACACUCGAGUACUCGCUCCGCAAAGUGGGCUCCAAAUACCCCCUCAUCGCCCUCUACACGGACUCCUUCCCCGCGGAGGGCCACGCCGCCCUCGAUGCGCGGGGCAUCCUGAAGCAGCGCGUUCCCUAUCUCCUGCCAUCCAUGCCCAAGGACUACGUCAAUGAUGUGCGCUUCUACGACUGCUGGAGCAAGCUCACCCCCUUCUCGCUCGUCGAGUACGAGCGCGUCGUGCAGCUGGACAGCGACAUGAUGGUUCUCCGGAACAUGGACGAGCUGAUGGAGCUUGACCUGGACCCGCCGGAGAUGGCCGGGUCCGGGAACCGCGUCUUUGCCGCGAGCCAUGCCUGCGUCUGCAACCCCCUGAAGAAGCCCCAUUAUCCCGGUGACUGGACGCCAUCGAACUGCGCGUACACGUCGCAACAUACGACCCCCGAUAUCGCACAAACCGAGGGGGCGCCGGCCGACUUUGGCCUGGGCAUCCCCAACGGCGGUCUCCAGGUGGUCAACCCAUCUAAAGCCGUCUACGACAAGAUCAUGGCGCAGUUGGCUUCCUCCGCGACCUCGAACUACGAGUUCGCGGACCAGUCCCUGCUCUCCGACGUGUUCUUCGGCCGGUGGGUUCCGCUGCCGUAUGUGUACAACGCCCUCAAGACCCUGCGAUGGGAGGGGGUGCACGACGCCAUCUGGCGGGACGAGCAGGUGAAGAACAUGCACUAUCUCCUGAGCCCGAAACCCUGGGACGAGAGUGAGGCUGUCCGGGCCGGUCGCGAGGCGCGACCCAGCCAAAACGCACCGCACGCGUGGUGGUGGGACUUUACGGAGGAGAGGCUGCAGGAGGAAAAGGCGGGAGGGGUGGAUGACGAGUUCUGAGGUUGUUUCAUUCUAGUUUAUGAUGUAGAUAGAUUCCUAGAUAGAGUUAUAUCAUACCCGGCAGAAGAGACGUUGUUACGAAGGCGAUUGAUUUGAC